AUGAUCGCCACCGGCGGCCUGCUGAGGAUUUCCGCCAGAAAGCAGGAUCCCCUGCGCCCCACGAGCCAGGUGCCCAAGCGCAAGCGGAAAGCCAGGAGGAGGCGCAAGAACGACGUGGUGGUGGUGAAAGGCAAGCUGAAGCUGUGCUCCGUCUCGGGGCUCAUCGCCCUCUGCGGCAUCCUGGUGCUGCUGGUGGGCAUAGCCAUGGCGGUGGUGGGCUACUGGCCCAAGGCCAACGGGGCCAGUAGGGAGGGAGGUAAGCAGCUGCCGUUCGCGGGCGACGGCCACCGCGUCCCAACCAUGGCCAAUAGCAGCAGCAGUGGCAGCAAAAACCGGUCCAGGAGCCACCCAGGGACUCUGCAAGGUGUCAACUCCAGUUCCGUGGGCGCGCCCAGGAGCACGCCGCCAGCGCGGCCCCCCGCCCCGUCCCCGUCUUCCUCCACGUCGGUGGGCUUCUUCUUCCGCAUCUUCUCCGGCUACCUGCACUCUGACAAGCUCAAGGUCUUCGGGCCCCUCAUCAUGGGCAUCGGCAUCUUCCUCUUCAUCUGCGCCAACGCGGUGCUCCACGAGAACCGGGACAAGAAGACCAAGAUCAUCAACCUGCGGGACCUCUACUCCACCGUCAUCGACGUGCACAGCCUCCGCGCCAAAGACCUGGCUGCCGCCGCGGCCGCGGCCGCCGCGGCCACCGCCUCCUCGUCGUCCUCGGCCCCCGCCUCGGCACCUCCCGGGGCCGCGCCUCUGAACGGCUUCCUCAGCUACGUGCAGUCGCGGGGCCUGGAGCUGAAGCCCGGGAGCUGCGGCGGCGCCGGGGAUGCCUUCGGGGCGGCGGCGAUGCUGGCCAGGGGCUCGUGGCCCCACCCCGCGGCCCCAGGCGGGGGCGGCGGCGGGACCAGGGGCGCCGCGUCCCCGCCUGACCUGGCCUCGUCCCCGCGCUGCCCGCGGGAGCCUCCGAGCCUGGCCGAGGCCGUGUACAGCAUCUACCGCGAGAGCUCGGGGGUGGCCAGCCGUCGCCGGGCCGCAGCCGCCGCCGCCGCCGCGGUGGCCGCCACCUCCACCGCGGCUGCCAGCAGCAGCAGCAGCCCGGCGCCCUACAGCCCACCCGAGAGCUGGGGGCGCCAGAGUACCGCCAGCUCCCUCGUGGGCUCCUCCCUGAGCGCCUUGGCGCUGCUGCCCUUGCAAGGGGACCGCGACAGGGAUGGGGACGCAGAAGGCGCGAGCUGCAGCUGGCAGAGGCCACCCGCGGAACGCGGCUCCCGGGAGAUCCCAAGGGGCGAGCUCGACCUGAGCUUGACCGACCUCCGCGGAGCGCAGGGCGGCGCGCGCUGGGCGCACAGCGAGCUGGAGGAGUCGGAGGGCGCGGCGGCGGCGCGCACCGCCAGGGGCCAGGGCGGCCGCCUGCCCAGGACCGGCAGGUACGCAGCCUUGCGGCGGCGCAGCACCAGCGGGCUCCCGGACUACCGGGCGCAGCCGACCCCCGAGCCCCCGCCCUCCCCGCGAACCGCGGACCCGGACUCCAGCCCUCUGGCCAAAACCACCGCCCCCUCUCCCCGCGCGCGGCUGGGGGACUCGCCCCCCGCCAGGCGGGACUCGCAGAGCUCCCAAUCGGAUGACCCAUCCAGCAGCAAUAAGGGCUACACCCCCCUGCGAGAGACCGGCACCUCCUUGGAGUCGGUCGUGGACGCAGUAGCUAGUAAAAGACAAGACUGUGCGGCCGCCACCGCCCCGGGUACGGAGCACAGCCCCCAGGAGGAUCCCAGCCAAGAGCCACCCGCGGCCGAGCAACCUCAGCCGGUGCAGAGGCAGUUUACAAACAAGGAGAAACUCUUCAUGAUUUCCCGGUCUCAUGCAAUAGGGGUCGAAGACGGAGAACUGGAAAGCACUGGCAUGUAG